AUGAUCACCAUGCCUCCACCAACGCUCGAACCAGACGAGAACAUCUUGGUGGUGAGUUUUGACGGAUCUGCGCGAGUGAAGCGCAGCGGCGGUGCAUAUAGCGCAGUCGUGUGGAAACUCCCGGAGUGGACGGUGGUGGAAGCCAUGUCGGAGUACAUGCCGGACUUGACAGUGAACGAGGCAGAAUACCGUGGACUGAUUCUGGGUUUCGACUUGCUCUCGACCUUGGACAGGGGGCGCGUUUGGGGAGACUCGAACUUGGUGAUUCUUCAGAUGCAGAGUGAGAUGGACUGCAAAGCACCAGGCCUGCAACCGCUCCGACAGAAGGCGUUGAAUCGCCUACAGUCGUGGGCGAAACACGAGUUCCUCCACGUGAAGCGGGAAUGGAAUCAGAGUGCGGACAAGAUGGCAAGUGCGGCACUGCAACGAGAAAAAGGCGAAAUAGUCACCUCAGAGGACGAUCGCCAGGACUUGAUCACCGUCAACCGACUGGGGGAAAUGCUGAAGCCAAAGUUGAUCGAGACAGUCGUCAGCGUAAACGAAAUCACGCGAGUCGCUGAGAGACAACGACACACACCGAAAGCGAUGGAAGAAUCUAUCAUACAGCGCAUACGGUGUCAGAGGAUUAGGCAAGCUCAAGAUGAAGAGUGGAUUGCGGAUCUGAAGAAGUACCUGGACGGGGAAGUGAGUGCCUUGACAGCAGAAGAGGCGAAGGCAUGCUCGAAGAUAGCCGCGAGUUAUGAAGUAGACGAGAAUUCUUCUUUUGCCCUAAGACGCUGCAGCGAGACGAGCGAGACUUUCUUCACCAUUAUCAUGCCAGUCUGGAGGGAGGCCAUCAAGGCGUCGGAAGGACGUGCCGGAGGAUCCAAGCGAACUUUCACUGGCGUGGGCUGUAUCGAAGUGUACAACGUUACGUGGGGGAAUGCACCGAUUGCGAAACCGGGAAAGGAAAGCCAACGGGCCAAGGAGAAUCACCAGGAAAUAUCCAGGGUGAUCUCCAUGGACCACAUUCCGUCGUUGCCGAAGUCAUUCAAGGGGAACACCGAACUGCUGAUUUGGGCCGACUUGUUCGCCUGUUAUGUAAUAGCCAAGGCUGGUCCGUCGAGAGAGACGCAGGCAGUUGAGAAUUACGAGGAAUGCGCCUUCCGUCGUUUCGGCGCAAGCGAAGUCAUCAGACAUGACCGGGAGCCGGGCUUUAUGUCGGACUUUUUCCGUGCCUUCAACCGGAUCGUGAAAAUGAGACAGAGCUCAACAAUGGCUUACCGCCCACAAAGGAACAAGGCCGAGCGAACGGUACAAACCCUAACACGAGCCCUGAAGAUGUACGUUGCAGACGUCAACCAGCAAGACUGGGACGGCUAUGCAGAGCGGUUGACGUUUGCGCUGAAUACGGCACACGAUCGAGUGAGGGGAGAAAUGUCGUUCUUCUUAGUCCAUGGAUGGGACCCGCGGUCGACACUUGAAGCAGUUGUUUCGGUGGAAUCGACACGCCGCCGCGAUGGCGAUGCACGGAGAUGGAGGUACCACAUACAGGGACAGUACCGCAGAGCCAGGGAAGCAGUCAACGAGAAUCUGCGCGAGGCGAUCAAGUCUAGAGCCGACCAACACAACGAAAACGUCAGACCACACCGAAUUGAGGAAGGUACACAAAUGCGGCUUUACCUGGACCGCGUAAAAAAGGCUACGCUCCUCGCACACAUGUGGCAUGGGCCGUUCCGCGUAACCGAGCUGAUCGGCAAUCACGCAGCUCGUCUCGAGACCGCCGGCUCAGGGUAUCGAAUCUUCCCGAUAGUACAUCUGUCGAAGUUGAAGCCGGUGCGAACAUUCCCUGAUCGGGCAAAGGUUGUUCUGAACACUGAAGACGAUGAUCGGGUAGAUAUCGAUGAAGAACAGCUGCCUGACGAUAGCUGGGACACUCCACUGGACGAAGACGAAUUCGAGGUAGAACGGAUCGCGGAUGUGCGAGCGGGGAGACGCACCUGA